AUGAAUCCUCCUGAGUUUCAUGGUGGAUUAGAUCCUGUGAAAGCUCAUAAGUGGAUAAAUAACAUAUUGAGAAUUUUUCAAAUAGUGCACUGCAGUGAAGAUAAUAAGGUUGUGUUUGCUUCUCACAUGAUGAGGGGUCUUGCUAUCAGAUGGUGGGAGAGUGCUUCGAUUGUAAUGACUAAUCAAGGAGUACCCAGGGAUUGGGAACAUUUUAAAACUACUUUUUUGGACAAGUAUUUUUCAAGAACUUUGAGGACUCAUAAGCAGUUUGAAUUCCAGCAGCUUAGGCAGGGUAAUAUGUCAAUGGACGAGUAUGCAGAAAAGUUUGAGGAUAUGGCAACUUACUUCAGGCAAGCCAUGUAUGGAUUAGAUGAGAAGUGGAAAGUUGAUCAGUUUCUAUUUGGAUUGAGGAGUGAAAUAUCUCAUAGUGUUUCUUAG